AUGUAUCGGAUGGUUCGAGUUCAGCCAUCAGACCAGCACUUGCAGAGAAUUCUCUGGAGGGAUUCACCCCAAGCUCCAGUCAAGACAUACGAGCUUACCAUCGUCACAUACGGCACGGCGUGUGCCCCGUAUCUUGCAACAAAAUGUCUCACGCAGUUGGGGAAGGAUUGCCAAUCUACACACCCUUUAGGUGCCGAAGCAAUACAAAAGGAUUUCUACGUAGAUGACAUGUUAUCGGGAGCUGAUGAUUUCGAACAAGCUAAAAGGUUGAUGUCAGAGGUAAUCGAGGUGACCGACUCAGCAGGAUUUACCCUUAGAAAGUGGAACUCUAAUUCUGCUCAGCUGAUUGCUAAUCUUCCUAAGCAUCUAAAGGAUGAUCGGACCACUCUGGAGUUAGAUUCAUCUAGUGCGACACUAUCCAGCGAUGGUUUGAUUCAUGUUGGCGGCCGGUUACUAAAUGCGUCAAUCCCAGAAUCCAGAAAGCAUCCCUUUAUCUUGAACCACCAUCAUCUACUAACAUUGUUGAUUAUGCGGCACUAUCAUCUCAAGUUGUUUCAUGCAGGACAGCAACUAUUAAUUGCAUCUGUAAGAGAAAGGUUUUGGCCAACCUCAAUUCAUAGCUUGGCUAGAAGAGUCAUUCACGAAUGCAUUGCAUGCUUAAAAAAUAAGCCGAAGGUUUUAGAACAACUGAUGGCAGAUCUUCCCCCAGAGCGAGUAACACCGUCAUCACCAUUCUUAAAGGUUGGAGUGGAUUAUUGUGGACCAUUCCUUAUUAGUUAUCCUAAUCGUAAGGCCAGACCAGUAAAAUGCUAUGUUGCUAUAUUUGUUUGCUUGGCUGUCAAAGCGGUCCACUUAGAGCUUGUGACCGACCUGACUACUGCAGCUUUCCUAGCAGCAUUGAAACGCUUUGUUGCCCGGAGAGGAAAACCGCAAGUGAUAAUGUGUGAUAAUGCUACCACAUUUGUUGGAGCCAAGAGAGAACUGAUGGAGCUUUAUAAACUGUUUUAUAGUCAGCAGUUCCAAGAGUCAAUCACCAAGCAUGCUGGAAGCGAUGGAAUCGACUUUCGCUUCAUCCCCCCUCGCUCACCAAACUUUGGUGGGUUAUGGGAGGCGCAGGGCAAAUCGUUCAAGACACAUUUCAGAAAAACCAUCGGACUCAGGACACUAAACGUCGAUGAAAUGCAAACCGCUCUUGCACAAAUCGAGGCUGUAUUGAACUCCCGCCCAAUGACACCUGUAAGCAGCGACCCUAACAACUUUGAAGCACUUACUCCUGGGCACUUCUUAGUGCAUCGUCCGUUGACAGCGAUUCCAGAACCUGAUUUGCAGGAUGUUCCAUUUAAUCGGUUAUCGAUGUGGCAGCGUGCCCAGAGUUUCACACAGCAGCUUUGGUAA